UAGCUAUGGCUUCUGAAACCCAGAGCAGACUGAGCUGAGAAUGAAAACCCAGGAUAUAUUGGUAUCAUGAGAAUAUAAGGACUUGAACGACCUCGUUGUUCACCUGCUUCGCGAUAUGUCUGCAGCGAUGCUGAGCACCACUACCAGCAAGCUCAAUGUAUUGGUCAACAAACUGCAUGAGUACUUGGCUCAUUCAGCUGUUGAGGACAGCAAUGGUACUCCACCCUCAGAGGAUGCUGAUGGUCUGACAAAUAGGAGCUGUUCUGUGGGAAACUCGACAGGUCAUGCUGCAACAGAGGCAGGACUGGAUACGAAAUACUCAAGGAGAAAACCGUCUGUUGUCAUAAAGCACUCUGGACUGGAUGAAUCUGGGGACUCAAAUGCAAGUGAGGACUUGGAUUUACCAGUAAACACAAAUGGUCACCUUGAUAUCACUAGAUUGCCAAAAGGCACUGUUCUGGUGAGGCCUGAACCUGUUGAUAAUGGAAGAGAUGACUUCAGGGGUCCGGAGUUUCGCAACCGGAAAUCAGGUGUACUGCGGAAAGAGUUUUCAAGAAGACGUGGAGGAGUUGAACACAUGGAAAUUGUCAGUUGCACCGCAUGUGGCCGUCAAGUUAACCACUUCCAGAGAGAUUCCCUCUAUCGACAUCCAGUGCUGAAAGUACUUAUUUGCAAGUCUUGCUACAAGUAUUACUUAAGUGAUGACAUCAGUAAAGAUGGAGAUGGAAUGGACGAACAAUGCAGAUGGUGUGCUGAAGGAGGCAACUUGAUCUGUUGUGACUUCUGUAGUAAUGCCUUCUGCAAGAAGUGUAUUCUACGAAAUUUGGGAAGGAAGGAACUGUCUGGCAUCUUGGAGAGCAAAUGGUACUGCUAUGUGUGUAGCCCAGAGCCCCUUUUUGGCCUGGUGAUGACCUGUAACAAUAUCCUUGAGAAUAUGGAGAAUCUGUGGAAUCAGCAGCGAAGGAGGAAUCGAGUAGAGCCAGAGAAAUCUGAACUUUACGACAUGUUACCACACUUACCACAAAACGUUUCUUUGGAUAAAUGGGAUCACACUGGUAUGGAUGGUAAUGUGGUGUUCAACUAUAAUGCACUGCAGGUGUCCAAGGACAUUACCAAAAAAGCCAAACAUUUAGUGGACUCUGCUAACAUCUUAAAUCGAACAUUUGUCAGUUUCAUUCAUUCUGUGACAACGAACAAACAAACACCUGGUGUUCGCAAUCUGUACUUGAACUCUUUUUUGUCUGUAGUGAAAGGCUUGCGAAAAUCACUUGCAGCACUUGAGGAUAGCCUUAAGGAAGAAUUCAGUGACUUGGAUGUCUUGAGCUGUUGGGAAAAGGUCCUCAGUGAUGAUUUUGAUACACAGUCGGUAACAGAAGCAGACACAGAACUGGAUAUCACUGAUGAAAGAUGCUUGAGUGACUUGCAAAAAUUGGCAGCUGAACAUUUGGUUGAUGAUGAUUCUGACUCCAAGGGCUUCACAGAUGGGAGAAAUGCACAUGACUGCCCUGGGGAAGACAUGCAUUCACAUUCAGAAGUCAGGCAAAGGGUCCAAAACAUUGGCCUGAAGCCUUUUGAAAGUGGUUUCAAUAUGACAAAAAAACUGGUUGUCAAACUUACGCCUGUACUUAUGGAGCAGGGGCCAUCCUCUGAUAUCCCGAAGAUGGAGGAGGACACGAAGGAUAAGAAGUCAGAGAGAAAGGAUGUAUCUGAAGAUGAACAGACAGGUGUUUUAAGUGCUAAAGCUGAGAGCAAGAUGAGCAAUGACAACUCUAGUGUGUCUGUACACCAAGAAGAGGAGCAAGGCAAUAGACGAUCUCCUCGCGUGAAGACAACACCUUUGCGUAGGCCAAGUGAUGUCAAGGCCAAAACAUCGCUUUCAGCAGCAGACAGCGACAGUGACAGUGACCCUGAGGAAACCUCCAGCACAGUGCCAGCCAAAAACACAGAAGAACAAAGUCUGGGCAGGGCAAGAGACGACUCUGACUCAGAUGAAGUCCCUGCAGCACUGCUUGAGCGGGCAGCUAUAUCACAAAGUUCUGAUGAGCCCCAGAGUGAUGAGGAUGGUGGAAAAGCAUCAACAAAGGUGGCCAAGAAAUGCCUCUUUUGGCUUACUAAGAAUGCCCCGAUCUCAUCAGAGAAAAUGCGCCGCAAACGCAAGAUGCUGGAUCGUUCCCCCGAGUCUGACUCAUGUGACAGGAGAGUAAAGUCUCGAAAGGACAGUGGGUCGGAUUCCUCUAGUGAUGAUCAAGACUCGCAGAAGAAAAUGCGACACUUGAGUACACUGAGGUCAAUAGGGAAGCCUCACCUCGUCAACAGAGAGGACCAAGGUGUGGAUAGGAAGGCUAGAAUGCAGGCUGGGAAGUCCAAGACUAAAUCUCGUCGCCAGGUAAUAGAGUCGACAUCCUCGUCAAGUGAGGAUGUACAAGAUGAUGACUCUGGGAGUGAUGGAAGUGUUCAGAAGAUGAAGCCAAUCACUGAAGAUGUGGCCUUGCUAGGGGCAGCAGCAUUCCACCAAUCAUCAGGAGAUGAGGAGCAAUCUGGGCCCUCGUGGGCAGCAGAAGAAGAUGACGAUCCAGAAAAUAGAAUCGCUAAGAAAAUGCUAUUGGCCCAAAUCAAAGCCAACUUCUCAUCGGCCGAUGAGAUCUCUUCGGAUGAGGAAACGCAGGAGGAUGAAUCUGAGUCAGACGGUGAUGAGAUCAAACAAAGCAAUGAGGAACAUGGAACAGAUGAAAAUGGGGAAGACUUGCCUUCAGAACCAUCUGACACCUUGUCUGAUGGGGCCAACACCAGGCACCAUCUUCUCCGUCACAAACUAACCUUAGAUGAGGGAACGUCAAGUGACAAGGCCGUGGCAGAGAGUGAAGCAGGGAAGCAGGAGCGCAAGCAACGAGGCGACGGCGAACACCUGAGCUCUGCUAGCGAAAAUGAUGGCGACAGUAAUGAGUCCGAGCCAGAAGAUCUGGGGAUGAGCGAGGAACUGAGUCAGUCAGAAGAUGAGACCGAUGAAGAUGGACCCAAAAGCUCCGGAUCGUCCAAUGAAAUGAGCGAGGCGCCCUGUAGUUACGAACAGAAGAAACAGGUGCCCUGCAUUUGGUUGUCUGACUCCUGCAGUGAAAAGAGCGAUAUUGAGGAUGCUGAUGAGGAGACGAACGACAGUAAAAGCACCCCCAAAGGGCGCAAAAAGAUCCGCAAAAUCAUUGAGGAUGAGAAUCUUCGUGCAGAGACCCAGGAGGCCCUCAGAGAAGAGGAGGAGAGGUGCAAACGGCUGGCUGAUAGGGAACAACAGAUGGAGGACAGGAGAGAGGUACUGCAUACACCGCAGAUUAUUGUUGACUGGACGAGGAAGGAUGAGGUGUCUCAAGUGGUGUGCCCCAUUACCACCAAGCUGGUCCUGGAUCAGGAAGAGGAGACCAAGAAGCCUCUUGUUCAGGUGCACAGGAACCUGGUGACGAGACUGAAGCCUCACCAGGUGGACGGUGUCCAGUUCAUUUGGGACAGUUGCUGUGAGUCUGUGAAGAAGGCCAACUCUUCUCCUGGAUCAGGCUGUAUACUGGCACACUGCAUGGGCCUGGGAAAGACUCUGCAGGUGGUAACGUUCCUCCACACGGUGCUGCUGUCAGAGAAUCUGAAAUUCAAAACGGCGCUGGUCGUCUGUCCACUGAAUACUAUCCUCAACUGGGUCGGCGAGUUCAAGAAAUGGCAAGGCAGCAUGGGAGAGGACAAAGUAAAAGUCACAGAACUGGCUACAAUAAAGCAUGAUCCAGAUCGACUCAGAGCUCUGCAGCGGUGGCAGAGAGACGGAGGCGUUAUGAUAAUGGGGUACGAGAUGUACCGCAUCCUGUCACUAGCCCGGAAAAUCAACAAUGAGGAAUGGAAGAAAGAGAUAAAGAGCGUGCUGGUGGAUCCAGGUCCGGACUUUGUGGUUUGUGACGAGGGGCACAUCCUGCGCAAUGAAGCGUCCAAUAUCUCCAAAGCCAUGAAUGCCAUCAAGACCCGAAGAAGAGUAGUGCUGACUGGCACACCGCUGCAAAACAACCUGAUCGAGUAUCACUGCAUGGUCAAUUUCAUCAAGAAGAAUCUUCUGGGCUCACUGGGUGAAUUCAGAAACCGCUUUAUCAACCCCAUACAGAACGGCCAGUGUGCCGACUCCACACCAAAAGACGUCCGGAUCAUGAAGAAGCGAGCUCAUGUACUUCAUGCUAUGUUGGCUGGAUGCGUGCAGAGAAGAGACUACACUGAGUUGACUCAGUUUCUGCCUCCCAAACACGAGUAUGUGCUCAUGGUGAGGCUUUCCCCACUUCAGUAUCAGCUGUAUCGCUGCUACCUCGAUCACAUCACCGGGGUGGGUUCUCUGACUAACAGAGCAGAAGCGAGGACUGCAGCCAACCUGUUCAAAGACUUUCAGGUGCUUGGGCGAAUUUGGACCCAUCCCUGGUGCCUUCAGCUCAACUACAACAGAGGAAAGAAGGAAAACUUUGAAAAGAAGAAGGAAGUUAGCGUUGCAGCUCUGCUGAGAAAUAAAGAAACCACUGUGGCUGAGAGCAACAUGUUUCCAACAAGUUGGGACAGGAGCAACAAAGACUGGGAAAGUUGUGGAAUGACCCAAAAACACCUGUUUGGAUCAUUGGUAAACAGUGAACUGAGAGAGAAUGAAGGGAACGACAGGAAUACAGAUGACAGCAGCGCAGCGGCUGUUGUUGAACUGUCCAAAGCUGCAACUGCUGCGCUACCAGAAGUGGAAGGAGAAACAGGAGCCGCCAGCUGGAGGCCUCAGGGUCUAGACGAGGACUGGUUCAAGAAUCUGCUGUCUGACGGGGACUCCAGGAUCCUGGAGCACUCAGGGAAGAUGGUGCUGUUGUUUGAGAUCCUCAGAAUGGCUGAAGACCUGAAGGAUAAAGUGCUUGUGUUCAGUCAGUCCUUGAUCUCAUUAAACCUAAUUGAGGUUUUUCUUGAGGCCUCUCACCGUGCCAGAGACACUUCAUCGUUUAGAGCGGGCACCUGGAUUAAAAACGUCGAUUACUAUCGUCUUGAUGGUUCCACCACUGCUUCGUUAAGGAAGAAAUGGACAGAUCGGUUCAAUAACACUGCCAAUGUCCGCGCACGAUUGUUUCUCAUCUCGACGAGAGCCGGCUCACUCGGCAUCAACCUCGUUGCUGCCAACAGGGUCAUCAUAUUUGAUGCCUCGUGGAAUCCCUCGUAUGACGUACAGAGCAUAUACAGGGUGUACCGCUUCGGUCAGCUCAAACAAGUGUUUGUGUACCGCUUCUUGGCUCAGGGCACCAUGGAGGAGAAGAUCUAUGAUCGUCAGGUGACCAAGCAGUCUCUGUCCUAUCGAGUGGUGGAUCAGCAGCAGAUUGAGAGGCACUUCACCUCGUCUGAACUGACCGAACUGUACACAUUUGAGCCAGACCUGCUGGACGACCCAAACUCUAAGAAAAGCAGGAGAACCGCCUCUGGUUUGCCAAAGGAUGAAGUCCUGGCACAGCUAUUACAUACCUGUAAAGACCAGAUAGUUUCUCUCCAUGAGCACGAAUCUCUGCUGGACCAUAAACAAGAGGAGGAGCUCAGUGAGGCAGAACGCAAAGCCGCCUGGGACGAGUACGAGGCUGAGUCAAGCACAGUCAGCUCCAGCAAGGACACUUUGGAGACGAAGACCAAUGAACAGCUCGUGGAAUUGCUUAACAAGACCAGAUUAAACACAUCGGUGGCCUUCCUGUCACUGCAGAAGAUACGGUCUCACAAAAUCGAGGACUACAUGUCACUACUGCGGCAGCGGCAGCCUCAGAUGCCUGAGAUCGAUGUCCAGACCAAAGCUCAGAUUUGGAAAGUGAAUGACGAGAAGGAGCAGACCUCUUAUCUCGCACAGCAACAAGCACUCAUAUUCAGCAUUCAGGCCAUACUGACCAGUCGAAGAAAUCAAGCGAUGCAGACGUCCGUGACCUCUGUGAACCAGCCUGCACAGACUUGAACAAGAGAAUCAUGUUUUAGUAGGAAAAGAAAGUGAUGCCUUUGGUUUUCAUCACAUGACAGGGACCUUAUUUCAUCUCAUCAUGAAUGUAUGUUUUAGCAGUAAGGAAAGAGAAGAAUGCACUAAGCUCCUGUAACAUAAAAAUAACAGCUUCUUAAUAACAGUUUAUUAUCAGGUGUCCGAACAGUUUUGUUUUGUAUUACUUGCUGCAUUUUAACUUACACAGGAUACAUAGUGAAGUUGAACAAAUUUCCUUUACAGUUUGCUAAAACUGGUUUGUUCGGCAGCUUCAUACAUGUCAAAUGUAGCAGUUUGUUGCUUCCAAACAUCAAUUUGAUGGUUUCCACAAUGAAUGUUUACUGAACUUGCCUUACUAUUUAUCCUUAAUAUGUUUUGCUAUUCAAUUUGUUUAACAUUUUAUAUGUCUGUUGCCAGAUUUUAUUUUGCAGUAAUAAAUUAACUAA